UGCAAUAAAUUUCUUAGAUUUACAAAAGAUGAAAUUCAGUACAUAAAAAUCCGUUGUCUUGUCGUUAAAUUCCAGACAUAAAAGCAGAAAGCAGAAAGCUGAUAGAUAUCAUGAAAUAGACGUUUGCCUGCGUGUUAAAUUUCGAGAGCAUGCGCGCUUGAUCCUUUCUCUCUUUUAUCAUCCCUCGUCCUCCUCACCCUUAUCAGCCCUAGCUCUACCCUACAUUCGUUUGAUAAAUCCCCCACUUCUUUGGGUGAGCCUUCACAAAGGAGGGGUUGAAUCGGCUCAUCGCAACUUGUGCUCCAGUCUCGCCCGAGCGCUCGAACUUGCAAUUAACAUUGGCAAUUAUCCAAGCCUCUUUAUCUUCAUCUCUCUCAAUAAUAACAGUGUUUAAGACUCAAUAUUUCACUCACCCAAAGAUUAGUUUGCAUCAAUACGCUAAAGUAAUCAAACUAUUUAUUAUUUUAUUUUUUAUUUUACUGAGUGACUUUUUCAGUUCUAGAAAUUUUUUUUAAUUUAACUCUUCUAAAGUUUGACUGCUGGGAUUUAUUGAAAUAAGUUUCAACGACAUAUGUGAUUGGACAGUUGUUGUUUAUGAUUGAGUUACCAACAAAUCCACUGAUAAAUUUUCGUUAUAUUGGACACAGUGUCUCCGGUAUGAAGUGAUUAAUUUACCAGUGAGCUUAUGAAUGUGGAAUUUAACAUAUGGAUUCAUUAACUUAAUGUUGUUAUCGCUGAAUAAAAAACUUGUGAUUAAAAAAAAAACUUUCCUAAAAACUGAUAAAUUAAAAAACAAAUUUUUUUUUAUAUUGCGGAAAUAAUAAAAACAAAAAAAAGGGUUUAUGAUAAAGUAGCCAUUAUCUAAACUUUAAAAGUAGUAAAAAACUAGUAUGGUCAGACAAGUUCGUGUUUGCCAGAAAUAGCUCACAAUUACAAACACACGUACAGUAACCGGAGGAAUGUGUAAGUGUACAAGUACAGUAGAUUAUUAAAGUGCGUGGUGCAAUAAAAAAUGUCACUAACUGACGGGUCAUUUAAGUUUAAUCAGAGCUACUGAUAACAUGCGAGUUAUAAGGCUUAAUGGUUUUGAUGGUGAAUGAUAAUUAGGGCUGUAAAUAACGCAAUGCUUAAUGAUAACAAUUAACAGUUAAAAAGAGAAAUGUUGAAUGUUUAUUCGAGUAAAUGAGUUGUAACUUUGGAAUUUAAAAUAAGGGUGUAAAGGAGUUUGAGUGAAGGGUAAUUAAAAUUAUAAACUGUCGCCCGAGUUUGAUAGGUUGAUUCAAGGUUUGCGAGAUUCAGAUUCAGAUUUAGAUUCCGUAUUUCAUUUCAUUUUGUUAAAAAUGAAGUUUAUUCGAGAAAUGAAGACGAGGUUGAGGGUGGUACUAAGCCGUCUCGAGGGUACGUCGAUUUGAGGCCACAAAACGUCCCUGGAAUUUAGAGGAAAUAUAAAAAACACUUCUGAUAGAGGAGAGAAGAAUAGCAUUGAAAAGAGAAGAAAAGUGGGGGAAAAAGAACACAUAGUCAAGAGGAAUGCCAGCGAGAAAAAAAUGAAAAGUGUGCUUUUUACUCUUGGUCUACUCUUCGUCAGUCCCGGAGGGUGCAUCGAUAAUAAUCAUGGUGACAACAGUAAAGAUAUUGAGUUCGAUUUUGAUCCUCUUGAUCGUGGACCAUACUUUGAUGUGGCAGCAUCUCAUAAUGUCACUGCACUUGUCGGCAAGUCUGCACUACUCAGGUGUCGUGUGAGAAACUUGGGAGAUCGUACGGUAUCCUGGGUUCGGCACAGGGAUAUCCACCUUCUCACCGUCGGAACGGACACCUAUACGUCCGAUCAAAGAUUCGUAGCAUCCCAUUUUCCUCGCACAGAAGACUGGACACUUGAGGUCAAAUAUCCGCAACUUCGUGAUUCCGGAACAUAUGAGUGCCAAGUAUCGACAACUCCGCCCAUUGGACACUCUAUGCAUUUGUCUGUUGUCGAACCUGUGACGACAGUAAUUGGCGAACCGGAAAUGUACAUAAACCGAGGCAGCACUAUGAACUUAACGUGCGUAGUUGAGUUUAGUCCAGAACCACCUCCGGCGAUAUUUUGGACUCACAAUGAGAAGGAGAUUAAUUACGACAGUCCGCGAGGUGGAGUUUCUGUAAUCACGGAAAAGGGUGAGAUUACUACUUCUUAUCUUUUGGUUCAACGCGCACAACCGGCAGACAGUGGAAGUUACACUUGUCAUCCUAGUAAUGCCAACGAUAAAACUGUUACUGUUCAUAUUCUCAAUGGCGAGCAUCCAGCCGCAAUGCAACACGGCGGACAACUAAGACUGGGCAACCCACCAUUUGUCAUUCUGCUGUCAAGUUUUUUGACGUUUUUCAAUUACCGGCACUGAGCUUGUGGAAGUCACCUUGGUAAUUCUCGCAAUAAUUAGUUGUUGAUGCGUGAUUGUAUAUAAACCUAAAAUAAUAAUAAUAAUAAUAAAAAGUUUUAAUUAAGGAAUAGACAAUUUAUGUAAACAAGUAAGAAAAAAUAGCAGGAGCCUGUCACCGAAGAAUUAAAAAGUCGCAAUAAUGUUAAAUUUAUCAGAGUGAAAUCCAAAGCAUUUGAGAGAACGCUUUCCCCUUACUCCAUUCAAUUAACUUUUCCUCGGCCAUUCUUCGGAUUUUCCUGUCUAUGCUCUACUUCACUUACCCUCCAAGUAACGGAAGUAAUUUAAAGACUUUACCGAAGGCAGAAAAAUAAAAGGGGUUAUAAAAUGGGAGCUAGAGCUACCCUUUAUUUUAUACUUUUAUUUUAAAAGGUAUGAUGUGUUUAUCAGCUUAUACACAAUCGGCCGAUGUGCAUCUAAUUCAAUUCACUUCAUUUUUUUCCUCGCUUUACCUUAUAUUCAUUGUGUUAUUCGUUGUACAAAAGGAGUAUACGUACAUACAUACAUACAUAUAUGUACCAUAUAUACGUCCAAUUUAUUAAAAUAAAGCGACGAGCUUUUAUUGUAUACUUUUCGAUAUUACUGAGGUGGAUAGUUUAUCGAGUUUAAGUAAAGUUGUAUUAAUAUAAGAAGAUAAAAAUAUAUAUAUAAUAUAAGGAGUAAAAUAAUAAGAAUAAUAAUAUAAUGUAAUUUAUUCAGAAGAAAUUACUUGGUGUCAUUUCAAUCCCGUGAAUUUAUUCUAGACUUAAGAGUUCAUGAGUUUUGUUACUUUUUUUUUGUGAAUUUUAAUAGUCUGCUGGGUACCAAAUGUUUGCAAUGAGGUAAAUCACUCUGGAAAGUUUAAUAGUCGUUUGGCUUUCGGAAAUAACUGUAAAAAAUUAAAAAAUGUAAAUUCAAAAAAUUUUUAUUAAUAAUUGUUAAAAGAUGAUAAUUACACUGA